GUAAAUUUAAAUAUUUUUGAUAGGUAUCGGCUCCAAGCAGUUCACCAUGUUCCAAAACUUCAAGAAUUUGGAAAAGAGAAGGGCUCCAGUCAAGGAAAUGCAAGCAAGAGCUAGACGUCAGCAAGGAAAACAACGCAGUCUUAUUAAAAGUGCAAAGAGCAAGCAGAAAGAGGAAUCAUCAAGAAUCUCCAAGUUAGCCAAAAGUCUCAAGCUACCAAUAAUAGAAAUACGCAGUCGUGGACGACGCCCUAAGAAUACGAGAAGACGUAGACGAAGAACAAAGAGACGAAGACAUGAUGUACACACCAAAGCAGAGCCGAUGGAUCGCAGCAGACGUCCACGUCGUAAAGGAACGAAGCGUAGGCCACGACGAUCAUCAAAAUAUGGAAGAAGGAAAUAGUGUCAUUAAACCAUGAAUCUCAUUGUAUUGAAACAUGAAUCAUUUACUUUGUUAUAUUUACUCAUUUUAUUGUAUACAUUCACUCAAAUAUAUCAUCUCCAUGAUCAAAUCUUGUUUUAUUUACUCAAACAAAUUAAUAUUCCUUAACUUUAACAGAAGAUCUGUUUCAAUGAAGAGCAAUAAUUAAUUUUUUCAAAUUGAUUUUUGUUGUUUGGUUUUUCAUCAAUAUACAAGGACUUGUAUGAAAUAAGAUCGUUUUCUAUUGAUAAUUGAAAUAUUAUAAAGUCUAUGAACUAG